AUGCAGCUCGUCGCCUUCGUCUUCGCCCUCGCCGUAUCCGUCUUCGCAACGCCGUUGACCAUCACCCCCCGUGAUGUUGUGGCCCCACCCAUAAUAGUCCCGACGGCGCAGACGAUGUGGACGGUCGGGGAGAAGGAGACUGUAACCUGGGACACGUCAGUCCUGGAGGGCGUGACCCCAUCCAACCCGAACGGGACGCUCCUCCUGGGUACCUUCGUCGAUGGCCAGGAACAUCUUAUGGGUGAAUCGCCGCUCGCCACGGACUUUUCUCUGUUCGACGGAAAUGUUACUCUGACCGUGCCCUCGGUGGCCCCCGGCAAGGAUUACAUCGUCUGUCUGAUAGGAGACUCGGGGAAUAUCAGCCCCGCGUUCACGAUUCUCGGCGCGGGAAGCUCUUCGGGC